GUACAAGCCACAGUCCAACACUUGUGCAACUGCCAUGUCCAGCCCACCACCCUCCGGUAUAUACGUCCCAGCGGUCUUGUUCUUCGACGAGAACGAAGAAUUUGAUGUACCGGCCAUAAAGGCCCACGUCCUGCGUCUGGCCAAGGGAGGUGUUACGGGAAUACUGGUCCAGGGCAGUAAUGGCGAGGCCCAACACCUCUCCCACGAUGAGCGCAAAGAGGCGAUACGUCUUACAAGAAAGACCCUCGAUGAGAAUGGGUUCCAAGACGUGGUCGUUAUCGCAGGCACCGGCGCUCAGUCUACACGCGAGACCAAGAAACUAUGUGUGGAUGCAAAAGAGGCCGGGGCAACCCAUGUCCUUGUCUUGACUCCGUCAACUUGGCCUCCUCGGAUGACAAAAGAUGCAAUCAUACGCUUCCAUCGCGAGGUUGCAGACGCAUCUCCGAUCCCGACCAUGAUCUAUAACUUCCCCACCGUCACGGCAGGCAUAAACCUCGAUUCUGAUACUAUCGGCACACUCGCAGAGCACCCGAAUAUCGUCGGGACAAAGCUCUCGUGCGGGGACAUCGGCAAGCUCCAUCGGCUCACCUCGUCCGUCUCUCCCGAGAAAUUCGCGACCUUCCCUGGCACAUCAUCAGUAUACCUGCAAGGCGUGCUGUCCGGCAGCGCGGGGCUGAUCGGUGCACUACCUAACAUCGCUCCGAAGGCGCACUUAUCGGUCUGGAAUCUCUAUAAGGAGGGCAAACUGGACGACGCUAUGAAGCUGCAGGCACUGCUGGGCCACGCAGACGCCGCUGUCAGCAAGUUGGGCGGUAUCUCUGCGAUCAAGGCCAUCAUAGCGAAGGAGUUCGGGUAUGGACAACCGCACGUGAGGGGUCCGCUGCUCCCCAUCAGCGCGGAUAAUUUUGGAGGCCCUGGAUGGGAUAAAGUAAAAGAAUUGCUGGAAUUGGAGAAAUUUCUCAUGGCAGAAUCGGCUUAGGGGAGAUCAUGCAGACCAUAGGCAUUUUACAGUGUCUGUACGUUGAAGUUGAAUACAGGGAUUAGGAGGAUGUAUCAACCGAGGAAUCUUAACAUUUUCACGGCCAAUAAAAAGUCGGCCGAUGUGACGGUAAGCGGUCAUGUCCUACGUCGCAAUGGCUCGAAUUGCCGAUAUACCGCAGAAAAUCGGGGGCAGUUGGACGAACAUGGUACCCUCUGCUGCGCGAGCUCUAUGUACCACUGGAAGGAGCAGACUUCAUCAU